CUCGUCCUCGUCUUGUUGCGCGCGGAGAGAUCGACGGCGGCGACGAACCCAGCAUGGUUAAGAACCCGAGCAGCAAGUGCGGCAUUGCGGCUGGCGGUGGCGCGGCGUCGUGCAGCGGCGGCGGCGGCGGCGGCGGAGGGGAUGGUAAGAGGAUGGUGACGGAGGCAACGGCGGCGGCGUUGGCGGUGAGGCCGUACAAGGGGGUGCGGAUGCGGAGCUGGGGGUCGUGGGUGUCGGAGAUCAGGGCGCCGCACCAGAAGCGGCGGAUCUGGCUGGGGUCCUACGCCACGCCGGAGGCCGCCGCGCGGGCCUACGACGCCGCGCUGAUCUGCCUCAAGGGCCCCGACGCCGUCCUCAACUUCCCGUCCUCCUCCUCCUCCUCCCCGUCUCGCCUUCUCGACAGCUGCCGGGACACGGGCUCGGCGGCGGGCGACAUGUCCCCGAGGUCCAUCCAGCGCGUCGCGGCGGCGGCCGCGGCGGCAUUCGACGCCGGCGUCAUCGGUAGUGUCGUCGCCGACAACAGCUGCUCCUCCAGCGCCGAUGCGACGUCGACGCCGACGUCGGCGACAACCUCCCUCUCGACCCUGGGAAGUGCCGGCGGGGACGUCCUGGACCACGCGACACCGUCGUCGUCGUCCGCCGCAGCCAACGCCUGCUCUCCGCAGCUGGACGGGGACCAUGAGCUCUGGACGGAGCUGGACGCGUUCGCAUCGCCCAAGUUCAUGGAUCUAAUAGCCGCCGGCGGCACACCGUUCUCGUUGCCGUGGGAGGAGCCCGAGGAGGACGGCGAGCUGAUGAGGCUGUGGAGCUUCUGCUAGCUUAGCUAGGAAACCGAUCAACACCCAUCCAUUCGCCCAUGCAAGAUUAAUACUACCAUUGGUUCAUUCCAUUUGAGCAUUGCAAGCUAGGUUAAUUAGGCCUUGAUUCAUGGCUUCAAUUAUUCCAUAGAUUCUUCUUCUUUUCUUUUGAUAAUAUAAUAUCUUAAUAUAUAGGAGUAUUAAUAUUAUUGUAAU